AUGGCGGCACAAACCCCAGCCGUUGUCAUGGACAAUGGCACGGGUUACUCUAAGCUUGGGUUCGCCGGAAACGACUCCCCUUCUUUCGUCUUCCCAACCGCGAUAGCUACGAAAUCUGGCGCAGGUGGUGCUCCAGGUACUGGCGCCGGGCGUCCGCCAGUUGCGAACAAACCUUCCUUCCUGACUGGCGGCGCGGGGCCAACAUCUCAGCUAUCUUCAAAGCGAGGUACCGAAGAUCUAGAUUUUUUUAUCGGAGACGAGGCUCUUUCUGCCAGCUCUGGCCCGGGAUAUGGCAUCCAUUACCCUAUUAGACAUGGGCAGAUUGAGAACUGGGACCACAUGGAGAGGUUCUGGUCCAACUCCAUCUUUAAGUACCUAAGAGUCGAGCCGGAGGACCACUAUUUCCUAUUGACCGAACCACCAUUGAACCCGCCGGAGAACCGAGAAAACACAGCCGAGAUCUUCUUCGAAUCGUUCAAUUGUGCGGGUCUAUAUAUUGCUGUACAAGCCGUCCUUGCUCUUGCAGCUUCCUGGACGUCGUCAAAGGUCACGGAUAGGUCGCUUACCGGUACCGUCAUUGAUUCAGGUGAUGGUGUCACUCACGUCAUCCCCGUGGCCGAAGGAUACGUUAUCGGCUCCUCAAUCAAGAGUAUCCCAAUCGCAGGCCGAGAUAUUACCUACUUCGUUCAGAACCUCCUCCGAGACAGACAUGAAGCGGAUAGCUCACUGAAAACCGCAGAGAAGAUCAAGGAAGAAUACUGCUAUGUUUGCCCAGAUAUCGUCAAGGAGUUCGCGCGGUACGACAGAGAGCCAGACCGAUUUCUCAAGCACACUGUCACGUCCCCCAAUGGGAGGACUGUCUCUAUAGAUGUUGGUUAUGAACGAUUCCUCGCACCCGAGAUUUUCUUUAACCCUGAAAUCUACUCCUCCGAUUUCCUCACCCCGUUACCAACCGUUGUCGACGGUGUCAUCCAGUCGUCUCCCAUUGAUGUUCGAAGAGGCCUGUACAAAAAUAUUGUCCUAUCUGGUGGCUCUACUCUAUACAAAGAUUUCGGGCGCCGACUACAGCGUGACAUCAGGCAUCUUGUGGAUGCUAGAAUCCGCGCGUCCGAAGCUCGCAGUGGAGGAGCUAGGAGCGGCGGUUUGGAGGUCCAGGUCAUAACCCAUAAGAGGCAACGACACGGCCCAUGGUUUGGCGGCAGUUUGCUAGGACAAACGCCCGAAUUCCGCAGCUACUGCCACACCAAGGCAAGUAUUCGCUUAUCCGUUCUGUUCCCCUUAGGCAAGGAAGAUCUAUUCUAA